CUGAGCUUAGAAGAAGAAAUCGAGCAGUAGAGACGAGACUCUGGCUAGCUACUAGCUGGAGCUCCAGAGCCAUGGCCGUGGACGCCGAUGUCCUCUCUAAAUCCAGAGAAGCUUGCUAUAAAGCUCGUGAUGCUUUUUACGCCUGCCUGGAGAAGGAAUCCGGCAAGAAACCAACGGAAAUUGGGUCGGUGGGACUUCUCUACCCAUUGGAAUGUAAAAGCUGGAGAGCGGAAUUUGAGAAGAAUUGUCGAGCUUCUUGGGUGAAGCAUUUUGAUCGGUUGUACUGCAAGAACAAGAGGGUGGAGAGGCUAUUGGAUGACAAAGACUCCAGGCCAGGCUCAUUGUCGCUUCCACAGCCUUAUGCAUUCAAGCCCACCAACAGUUCUUCAAUAAAAUGGAUGCUUUGCAGAGGAAAUUUUGGAAUCAAGGAACCAGAAAUAUUUGUCAUGUUUGUUGCCAUUGGAUGAUAAACCUUUGGUCAAAUACUAUGAAAGGUUUAGGUAACCAUUAUAAUUACCUAUUUCAUGCACAGAUCUUAUUAUCUUGCAGUUUGAUUAUUCACUCAAAGUCUCUGGGUUCCUAACUUUUCGCAUAUUUGGUCAUUAUUUUUGAAUCCUUAGAGAAAGCUUACUACAUUUUUGGAAAUUGGCAAUGAUGAAGACUAUUUAUAAAUGUCUCCAAAUGAUGCAGUUGGGGGAACCAAUUAGUCAAAUGAAUAACUAGGGCUUCAUCUAAUGAGUUAACAAAAGGAUAUACAAUAAUGGCAUUGAAUAAAAAAUCCUGUGGCUAAUUAUAUGCUUAUUCAACUUGCUCUUUUUUCUAUUUUAAAAUUAUCUACAUUUUAAUAGAUAAAGCAUGCUUAAUUUGCAGCAGAAAAUAAUUAUAGAACCCUACUAAUCAGUCAAGCAAAUGGCAUGUUGCAUCUUGUAGUAUUGGAGAAUUAGUGUAUGUUGCUUCUGCAAAGCUCAUGUCUGUAGCUGAAAUUCUUGUUCAAAGCUUGCCCAGGAAAAUUUAUUGAACUAAGAUGGCUGAAAUAAGUAGACAGUAACCUGUACACAAUGUUGACUUGGAAUCUGUGUUUCUGCUAUGUUACAAGCUAGUGAUAGAGAGUAAUGAAAUGAAAUUCCGAAGCAUUAUGGCCACCAACCAUGUAAGCAUUUAAAAAUUGGUCGAAAUACUUUUUGUUAAUGAAAUUGUUAUAAAUAAAACAAACUAGAACUCUGCAACAUGUUGCCUGUUAUGGGCAGUGAAAACUUUUGUUUGAGGAACUGGUUUGAGUUUAGAUUUCUACCGAGUAUUGUUAAAACUUUGAGCAUUUAUUGAGGAUGGUCAUGCCAUAUGAGCAAUGCCUUGAGCAUGACGUGGAGCAGGAAGUUUCAAAUGUGAUGAAUUAUGGAAUGAAAUCAGAAUGCAUAUCAUUAUGAGGCUGGCAACAAAUCAGGUACUUUUGAGUAUUCAGUCCAACUGAAUCCUAUAUCCGUGAUGUGGACGAGUUUAGAUAGUAUAUGAACGGAUUUAUUAUGGGUUCAGAUUUAGAAAAUAAUUCAGAUGUUGGGUGGUAUAUAAAUCUGUUUAGCUGGUUUACUCAUGCUUUGCAGAUUGUAUCUGGGAGACUCCUUGGCCUGAAUGGUGAUAAGAGUAAGAAGCAAUAGCAUCCACAAAAUCUUACAGAAUUCUUUUUUUGCAUCAACACGUGUGGACUAGUGAGAAAAGAAAAUGUCAUCAUUCAUAGUGUUGGCUUGAAGUCUAGCAUGCACCACUGGCAGGUAAUAGUUGCAUCAAUUUUUUAUUGAGUGGAUGGUAUUUAUCUUCUUUCUUGAGCUUCAUUGUAUUUGAAGCAGUUAUGAAAUAAAAAAAAAUCAAUAAACAGUUUAAAGGAAAGUAUGAGUAAAAGGGUAGAUUUUAAUGCAAGAUUUAUCACAAAAUACUUAAAAGAAUGCAAGAUGAGAUUAAGUUGUUAUUCUAAUUCUCUCUGAUAAUGUAGUUUAAGUGGUUUGCAAACUGUCUCUGUAGUCUGAACUCAACAGCAUGCUUUAAUUAAUUAUUUUCAGAAAAAAAUUGCUUUGACUGACUUAUAUUUGCAAAUGUAUGGGGAAAACUAUUGUUUAAAGAUUUUUAAUAAUAAUUAAACAGAGGGGUAGGUGUUGCAUUGACAAUAAGUAGUGGGAUACAAGUAUGUUGAUACUCCCAUGUGCCUUUAUGUUGGCCUUAGCAAAUAAAUCUGAUAUUUGUAAGAUCUGCUGAAACUCUGUUUUCAUAUUCAUCUAUAUUUCAGUUUCGAUUCAUUGUGUCAGUCAGGUCAGCCAGAGGCUUUGGAUCUCACUUUCUCUCUUUCAGCAUCCUGUUAUGGUAUUUUUUAACUAGGGGUUUGCGGUUUUGAUUUUGAGUCUGUUUAAAACUAGAAUCAAACCGAUUUUGAGUUGACAUUUUAGAGUGUAGGCAAUAAUAUUAUAGUAGAAAUGGUAAAAGAUUUAAAAUUUUACGG